GGUGUAGCCUCACAGCAAAUGCCCCAAAUGGGAGUGGUCAGAAGACAGUUGAAAAAUAAAACAAGACAACUCAACUGCCAAGAAUGGCGCGUGUCACAAUACAAAACCUCAAAGAACACACUGGAGUUACAGACAGACAGCUCAAUCUCCAAUGUCUCGACCAACAUUUUGACAAGCUAGCCCAAAAAAUACCCAACUGGUUGUCAUUAGCGAUGACUCUCGACUUGGAGGAGUACCAACAACAAGCCAUCAGGGUUGACCCUCUUUUAGAUUAUCUGCACAAAACCGUGGAGGUACUAAAGGUAUGGAAGAAGAAUAGCGUACGAGAGGCCACGUAUUUGAGGCUGGUGGAAGCUUGCCUGGAGAUGAGUAAUGCACUGUUGGCUGGAGAGGUCUGCACUUUGGCAAAAUCUGCCACUGCUGGUCCCCACAGUAUAGAGGGAUGGUUCAGAGAGAUAGGCCUCAUGGACGGAGACAUUGACCGUCUUACUCAGGCUGGAUUUGCAACCAAACAAGCUUUCAAUCUGCUGACAAUACCCGAACUCAACAACCUUGGCCUGACCCGUGGAGGUGUGAAGCUGUUACAGCGACACGUCAGCGCUAAUGAAGACAGAGUGUCCUCUUCCAACAACAUCGAAUCCCAGGCAGUGCCGGAUAUUUCAGCUCAAAGUCCGCCUACAACUACCGAGUAUCUGAGUGCUAAUGACAAUUUGAGACAUGUGUUCUCACUCACUUACGAAGCGAGAACAAAAUGGUUCAAUAUUGGACUUCAACUAGGACUUGCCAAAGACGUAUUGGACAGUAUUGGCAGGAACAGAAGCUUGCACGAGGACGGAGAUUAUUUCAGAGAAGUAUUGACGAGUUGGAUGCACGGAGGAAAUGCUAAAAUAAAGGAUUUAUUGGAAGCUUUGAAAGGACCUUCUGUAGAUAUGGCGGGUGUGGCAAGAAAUGUUGGAGAGAAAUUUGGACAAUAAUAGCAAUUGGACUGUUAGUUUUUUCACACUGUUCAUUUUAUGUGUUUUGUAUUAUAUGUAGUGAGCAAUUGCGAUCGGCAAGCAAUUGUGCAUGUGUGUGGGAAGUGCAAAUUGUUGGUAAAGUGUACAUCACAAAGAAAACUCUUAUUACAUUCCGUGGUAUAACCAUUGAUUCAA